AGAUCGUGGUAUUGUUCUUUGCUUUUUCGUGUGUUUGGGUCUCCACUCCUCUCCUUCCUCUCUCUGGAGGAGAAUCAUGAAGAAGGGGUUCUAGGGUUUAUUCUCAGCUUGAGAGCGGCUCUGCUACAGAUCCAGGUUUUGUAUUGGAUACAUGAAGCGUUUUUAGGGUUUAUGACUUUGCUUUCUCCAUUUGACCUUCUCCAAAGCUUCGAUUUAUUCUCUUUCUUCCAAUCUAGGGUGUUUUGAUUUUUUGUUAUAGGGAGAGGGAUUGUCCGUCUUUUUUACAUCCGUUAUGGCGAAGAGUUUGUGUUGAACGAAGAGGGAAUCGCGGAUUCGAAUUUUGGUUUUUUUAUUUUUUAUUUUUAUUUUUUUAUGUUUCAAUCCAGUGACUGCAUCGGGGUUAGGGUUUUUAUUAAAAACAAAAUUUGCGAGCGGUGUAUAGUAAUUGGAGGAGAUUACAUCUUGGUUCGAUGCUAAUUUUAAUCAUCACUUGGGGUUUGACCUUUAAUUUUCGCUUGGGCGAUAAUUAAUGCCGUGGUUCUGUGAGCGUAUAGUUCCCGAAUUCUGUUGCCAGGAACAAGUAAUUAAUGAAACUUUUAUUUGGUUGUAAUACUGAAGUUAAUAUUAUUCUGGAAAUAAAUUGAAGCCAGAUUUUGGCUUGAUUACAUACUAUAUUGUCUUACUGGGAACGACACAAUCUGGGUUUUGAGGGAUUGUUCUUCCGGGUUAAAUCUUGCUCCCGCGGUUGAUAUGUGCAGAUUCAGGGUUUUAACCUUAUGACAUUGAGAGUUCUUUUAGAGCACACUGUAAUGAAAGAAUCAAAGAAGCACCCACAGAAGGUCUUGGUCGCAAUGACGGGGAAACCGCAGAAGUUCUCAAAAGCGUAUCCGUCUGGGUUUGUGUCGGACUAUCGUCAUGCUGUUGAAACCAUGGGUGAAUCUGAGGGGUUUGGUAGCUCUGGUCGAGUUGACACAGAGAUAACUGCUUCAGUGGAUUCUUUCGUCCCGAAAAGGAAGUGUAUUAGUUUGAACGUUGAUGGGUGUGAUGGCGUUGGUGUCCCCUUACGGGUCCUGGUGGUAUCAAAGAUGUCUCAGUCUGAAAGAAAGGAUUUAGAGAUGAGGCUCAGAGCAGAGCUUGAGCAGGUUAGGGUGCUUCAGAAAAGAAUUGCCUUGCAGGGUACGAAUGGUUUUGUUACAUUGUCAUCUUCCAAUGACAUCCGUGGUUGCAGUGAUGGACAAAGAAUUCCCUCGCUAGAGAAUUUUCCAAGAUCUUCUGAAUUGUCAUCUGAGCAAGGGAAGAAACGGGUUCCUCCAGUCCGCAAUGGUGCCCACUUGAAAAGGGACACUUCGGGGAGAUUUGAAUCUGUCAAGCAGGGUGCUACUUCAAGCAUGUCAAAUGUUAUGUUGAAACAAUGUGAGGCAUUGUUGAAACGUCUGAUGUCUCAUCAGUUUGGUUGGGUCUUCAAUACUCCUGUAGAUGCAGAGAAGUUGAACAUCCCAGAUUAUUUCCAAGUUAUCAGGCAUCCGAUGGACUUAGGGACAAUAAAGAGAAAGAUAGCUGCAAGAACAUACUCUAACCCGUUGGGUUUUGUUACUGAUGUAAGGCUCACUUUCUCAAAUGCAAUGACUUACAAUCCGCCUGGAAAUGAUGUCCAUAUCAUGGCUGAUACACUCAGAAAUUUUUUUGAGAAAAGAUGGGAAUCUAUUGAGAAGAAAUUUCUGUCUGCUGAUAAACAGGCAGUGCCUGUGAAACCUAGUGUCCCUAGAGAAAUAGAAACAGCUAAGCCAAUGCCAUCUUCCAAGAAGAGGAAAAUCUCUGCGAUAAACCAAAAUAUCAUGACAGAGCCUGUUAAACGGAUCAUGACAGAUGGAGAAAAACUUAACCUGAGUAAAGAAUUGGAAUCUUUGCCGGGAGAUAUGCCGGAGCACAUUGUUGAUUUUCUGAGGGGGCAUAGUUUCAAUGGAUGCCAAACUGGGGAGGACGAGAUUGAGGUUGAUAUUGAUGCUCUCAGUGAUGAUACAUUGUUCACACUACGGAAGCUUCUUGAUGACUAUUUGCGGGACAAACAAAUAAAUCAUGCAAAAGCCGAGCCUUGUGAAAUUGAGAUUUUGAAUGACUCCGGGCUUAGCAAUUCAUCAAUGCCGCCUUGCAAAGGCAACGAACCAGUUGAUGAGGAGGUAGAUAUUGGUGGAAACGAUCUUCCUGUUUCAAGCUACCCUCCAGUAGAGAUAGAAAAAGACACAACCCAUAGAAACAGCAAAUGCAGUAGUUCAAAUAGCUCCAGUAGUGAAUCUGGCUCUUCGUCUAGUGAUUCAGAGUCCGGCAGUUCUUCUGGAAGUGAAUCUGAGGGUGCUAAAGCUUCAUCUCCAGUGAAUCCGGCAAAGGAGAACUUAGGUUCUGGAGAAGAUAUAGAACAAAGGAGAAGUGACUUAAUUGAUCCACAUGAUGAAAUUCAAUCUGUCAGUGGCGAUCAACUUGAGCAAAAUCCCCAAACCAGGCCAGUUUCUGUGGAGGCAGAUGGCCAUCAAGGCGGGGAGAGUGCUCCAUCUGAGAGGCAGGUCUCCCCCGAAAAGCUCUACCGUGCAGCUUUGUUGAGGGGUCGUUUUGCUGAUACCAUCCUCAAAGCUCGAGAAAAGGCACUUGAUCAGGGUGAAAAGAGGGAUCCUGCGAAACUACGGCGUGAGAGGGAGGAACUUGAGAGGCAGCAGAGGGAAGAAAAAUUGCGGCUGCAAGCAGAAGCCAAGGCUGCAGAAGAUGCUCGACGUCAAGCCGAAGCAGAGGCUGCAGCUGAAGCCAAGCGGAAGAGGGAGCUUGAGAGAGAAGCGGCACGUCAAGCGUUGCAGAAGAUGGAAAAGACUGUUGAGAUUAAUGAGAAUUGUCAGUUUCUGGAGGACUUAGAAAUGCUUAGGGGUGCCGCUACCAAGCAUUUACCAAGCUUUGUAGAUGAAACAAGCCCAGAUCACUCUCAAGAUGGCAUAGACUGUUUCGCGCUUCAGGGAAGUAGUAACCCUUUGGAGCAACUAGGAUUAUACAUGAAAGUGGAUGAUGAUGAUGAGGAGGAAGGUGAGCCACAUGGUGUCCAAGACCCCGUAAAGGAUGUUGAGGAAAGUGAGCCGAGUGUCCCAGACUCCAUAACGGAUGUCGAGGAAGGAGAAAUCGACUGACCAGUUCGGUUCUUCUGCCUUUAUGUCAUGCACCGACAGGGUUUGAAUAAGAAAAUUUGGCUCAGAAGUCUUUUGACGAGAAACUUGUUAAGCUCUUUCUGGAAUGGGUGACAGGAAUAAGAGGUAUCCAUGGCUGUGUGAGCCAUUGGAACUGAUUGAAUUUGAUCUGGCAGAAGCUUGACUAUUGCCCUGGGUUUUGGGAUGAUUUUUUUUUAUUAAAGACAGUUUUGCCGUUGAAGCAGAUCUUCCCCAUAACCAUGUCAUGGAUUUGGAUUGCAAGGUUUCUCAUAUUGGGACUAUUCUAAUCUAGGACCCAUGCCUUAGAGGUAAAGGAUGCAUUUUGUGGGGAUGAUGCAAAGGUGGAGGAGAACCUCAUUUUGACCCACUCCCAAACUAUAGAAAAACAGGGGCGCCCCGGGGGGGGGGGGGGGGGGGGUUGGUUGGUGGGAGAUUAUAAUGAAGAUGAUUUACUUGUACAGAGUUGAAAGAUUUUAGUGCUGAUUAUGUAGUGCAUCACUGAAUCUUCUGUUUAUAUCAGUGCAUCUCUGUCUGAGGUGACGGUUCUUGAACUUGAACAUAAUGAUUGUCAAAAAAUUUUGGUCACACUGUUCUUGUUUUAAUUGAUGUUGUAACCUCGGGGGUACCGUGAUCUA